AUGAAGGCGGCAACGGAUAUAGAUUUGAAUCCUUCACCGGUCAUUUCUUUCGACCAUAAGAGGGAUGCAUAUGGGUUUGCAGUGAGACCUCAGCACUUGCAAAGAUACCAUGAAUAUGCUAAUAUCUACAAGGAGGAAGAGGAGGAGAGGUCAAAUAGGUGGAAAGACUUUUUGGAAAGGCAAGCUGAGUCUGCUCAGUUGCCCGUGGACAAGUUAUCUGAAAAUGAUAGAAAGUUGAAUAUUGAAUCACCCAAGUUCAGAGCUAAUUCUAGUGCUGAGAACAAUGAUAAAGCUGAUGAUUCUACUUGUGAGAAGCCUAACUGUGACAGUUCAUCUGAAGAAAAGAAAGAGGUGCAAUCUGCACCAGAUAUAAAAGUUCAUCGAGUCCAAUUAUGGAUGGAGAUCAGACCAUCUCUUCGUGUUAUAGAGGAUAUGAUGAGCGCUUGUGUGAAAAAGAAUGUCAACUCGAUUAAAAAUGAGGUGGACUCUGGAACAGGAGAACAUCUUCCUACAAUUGAAGAAACUAGACCUGGCAAAGGAGCACCUGAAGAGGACUCCGAUGAAGAAUUUUAUGAUUUGGAGAGGUCAGAAUCAGAUCCCAAUCUAGACAUCUCUUCAACUGACAGUAUCAGUGUCCCAGCUAUGGGUGCUGCUGGUGAUUCUGCUGUUCCAGAUUUUCGGCCUGCUUGGAGGGAAGAAUUGGAAUGCCUUGUUCGAGGCGGAGUCCCAAUGGCUGUAAGGGGAGAGCUUUGGCAAGCUUUUAUGGGUGUGAGAACACACCGGGUGGAAAAAUAUUACCAAAAAUUGCUUGCUCCAGAUGCAGUUUCUGGUAACAAUUUGGAAAGUAAAUCAACGGAAUUGGAUGACAACAGUCCCAAGCCAAAUGCAGAUGUAACUGAGAAAUGGAAAGGACAGAUUGAGAAGGAUUUGCCUCGUACAUUUCCUGGCCAUCCUGCUCUGGAUGAGGAUGGAAGAAAUGCUUUGAGGCGUUUACUUACGGCUUAUGCUAGGCAUAAUCCCUCUGUUGGCUACUGCCAGGCUAUGAAUUUCUUUGCUGGCUUAUUGCUGCUUCUGAUGCCAGAGGAAAAUGCAUUUUGGACUUUAAUGGGUAUUAUAGAUGACUAUUUUGAUGGCUACUAUUCAGAAGAAAUGUUAGAAUCUCAGGUUGAUCAACUUGUUCUUGAGGAGUUGGUGCGUGAAAAUUUUCCAAAAUUGGUAAACCAUCUGGAUUACCUGGGAGUACAGGUGGCAUGGGUGACUGGGCCGUGGUUCCUCACGGUAUUUAUGAAUAUGCUUCCUUGGGAAAGUGUUCUUAGAGUCUGGGACGUGCUUCUCUAUGAAGGGAAUCGUGUCAUGCUAUUCCGUACAGCACUUGCUUUAAUGGAGUUAUAUGGACCUGCAUUGGUUACUUCCAAGGAUGCUGGAGAUGCAGUCACACUGCUUCAAUCACUAGCUGGCUCGACAUUUGAUAGCAGUCAACUUGUCUUGACUGCUUGCAUGGGUUACCAAAAUGUUCAUGAAAAACGAUUACAAGAACUCAGAAAUAAACAUCGACCAGCUGUUAGAGCUGCACUUGAAGAAAGAUUAAAGGGAGAACGAGUUUGGAGGGAUACCAAGGUUCUAGCUUCAAAGCUAUAUAGUUUCAAACACGAUCCUGAUUCCAUUAUGGUGGGAAAUGAUAAAACAGAAGAAUUGGCUGCUCAGACAAAUGGUGACACAGCCUACCUAGAUAUGAGCUUGAAUGGGGAUGUGGAGAUAGAUUCUUCUAAAGAUCUUCAAGAACAGGUGGUGUGGCUGAAGGUCGAGUUGUGCAAGUUACUGGAGGAAAAACGAUCAGCUGAGCUCAGAGCUGAAGAACUCGAAACAGCAUUAAUGGAGAUGGUUAAGCAGGAUAAUCGGCGGCAAUUGAGUGCAAGGGUUGAGCAAUUAGAGCGAGCGGUCACAGAGCUACGACGAACCCUUGCUGAUAAGCAGGAACAAGAAAAUGCCAUGCUUCAGAUUUUGAUGAGGGUCGAACAAGAACAGAGGGUGACAGAGGAUGCUCGCAGAUUUGCUGAGCAAGAUGCUGCUGCUCAAAGAUAUGCUGCUCAAGUGCUUCAGGAGAAAUAUGAAGAAGCUACUGCUACCCUGGCUGAGAUGGAAAAGAGGGUGGUCAUGGCAGAAUCUAUGUUGGAGGCUACCUUGCAGUACCAGUCUGGGCAAAACAAAGGACAACCAUCCCCACGAUCAACACAGCAAGAUUCUUCUCCAGUUCGAGGUAGUCAUGAUUCACAGGACACGUCAUCAAGGAAGAUUAGUUUGCUGCCUCGACCAUUUGGGCUAGGAUGGCGUGACAGGAACAAGGGGAAGCCUAACACUGUUGAAGAAGCAAACAGCAGCAAAUCUUUGAACGAGGGACAGAUUUUAAGCACCCAACCAGAAGAAAAAUCUUCGAGGGAGGGACAGAUUUCAAGCACACAGCAGGAAAAGAGCAACGAUCAACAGGCAGAACAGAAGGUUGAAAAGGCAAAUGAUUCAUAA